AUGUCUUUACCAUCAGAGCAACCCAUUUACGACAAAAUUCUCGUUGAUAUUGUUCAGUAUGUGUAUCAUACUGCCAUUCCUAGCUUGCUAGCUUAUGAGCGUGCCCGGAUAGCGCUUCUCGACGCCUUAGGGUGUGCUAUAGAGACCAUGAGCACGAGUCCCGAGUGUAGGGCUAUGCUUGGUCCAACAGUUCCGGGGACAAUCGUUCCCCAUGGAUUUCAUUUGCCCGGAACAUCAUACAUACUCGACCCCGUCAAAGGUGCGUUCGACAUGGGUAGCAUGAUACGAUAUCUAGACCACAAUGACGCGUAUCCUGGAGCCGAAUGGGGGCAUCCGUCCGAUAAUUUGGGGGCACUGUUGGCUGUCGCUGACUGGCAAAGCCGCACGCCAUCAGAAAACAGAAUAACUCUUCACACCCUUUUGACUGCACAAAUAAAAGCAUAUGAAAUUCAGGGAGUGCUCCAAGUUUCAAAUGCCUUCAACAGGCAUGGACUGGACCACACCAUCUUUGUCAAGGUUGCAUCGACAGCCCUAACAUCUUACCUGUUGAAACUCCCCGAGAAACAAGCACUCGCCGCUUUAUCCCAAGCUUGGCAAGAUGGCCACCCUCUCAGAACUUUUCGGCAAGCUCCAAAUGCUGGUCCCCGCAAAGGAUGGGCAGCUGGCGAUGCCUGCAUGCGCGCAGUUCAUUUGAAUUUGCUUACUAUGGCGGGCCAGCCCGGUGCCCCAUCUGUGCUCACUGCAUCGCAGUGGGGCUUUCAUCAUGCUAUUAUGCAGGGCAAGGAUCUCGUCGCUGCUCGUCCAUACAGAAGCUGGGUCAUGGAGAGUGUUUUCUUCAAGCUGAUCCCAGCCGAGGGUCAUGCAAUUUCUGCAGCUGAGGCAGCAUUGGCGAUCGCAGUGCAACUAAAAUCGAGAGGUCUCAGUGCAGAUGGAGAUGUGAAGACAGUGUAUAUCAGAACGCAGAAAGCGGCAAUGACAAUAGUCAACAAACGUGGGAAGCUCCACAACGCGGCUGACCGCGACCAUUGUUUGCAAUAUAUUAUCGCCGUAAUAUUGCUCAAGGGUUCUGUGAUUGAUACCGCAGAUUACAUGGAUGAUUCUCCCUGGGCUCAAGAUACACGCGUGGAUAAUCUUAGGGAGAAGAUGGUGGUGGUGGAGGACGAGGCAUUUACACAGGAUUACCACGAUCAAUAG